AUGUCUGACCAGUACGGUAGCCAUCAAUACAAUCAGUAUGGGGCACCGCCACAUAGCAAUAAUCAGUAUGGCGCAUAUGGAGGUCAGCCAGGGAACUACCCUGCACAAAACCAAUAUGGGCAGCCUCCGCAGCAAGGCUACUAUCAAUCUACACCUGCGUACGAUCAGCAACCUCAUACCCAAUAUCCCUCGUACGGCCAGCAGCAGAAUUAUCCCCCACCCUACGGUGCCGGCCCCCAACAAGGCGGUUAUCCUGGCGACUAUGGCCACGGACAAGGCUCGUAUAUGAACCCGCCGCAAGACGGUGGCCACUCCCCCUACCCCAGCAACAAUCUCACCAGGGAAGGAGAGAAAGGGCUUGGUUCGUCGAUUCUUGGUGCUGCUGGGGGUGGUUUCGUUGGCCAUAAGCUUGGGGGCGGACUACUGGGUACGGCAGGGGGUGCAUUGGUUGGAGCUGCAGGCGCGAAUCUAGUCAGCAAAGCUCACAAGAAGCACAAGAAGGAUAAAAAGCACAAGAAGGAUAAGAAACACCACAAGCGCAAGUCCAGUUCUUCGAGCUCUAGCUCGAGUUCAAGCUCCUCUUCCAGUGAUUAG